CUACCGGGUGCCCUCUGCGGCUGCGGGCUUGCGGGGUUCAGGGUUCCGCGCGCGCCGUGCGGCCGGCACUUCCUUUCUGCUCAGCACCUCAGGGUGAAGCAGACAGGAGGAGUCGGGAUGGACGCCCCGGGAGGGUGGCAGACACUGGUCAGUGCGGCCUCCUGCACCCAGAGUGGGCGCGCCCGGGUGCCCAGCUGUGUGGCCUGCAGGCGCUGUGCCUGUAGGUCUGGACAAGUCCUGGCAAAGAAAAGCUUUGGGGACCAGAAGGGGGCGGAAGCCAGAGGUUUCAUCCUCGCGUUGGGCUUUUCCCGGGGGCUGCUGGCUGGGGCUGUGCGGGUUGGACCCGCGCCCCGGUUUCCGAGCCUCUCACUCUCGUCAGGCCCACACGAGGGUGUCCUCAUCCCCAGACACGUGGUGCCGGCCCUGAUGCCAGGCCUUUGCGCUGGUGUGCGUGGAUCUCCUUUUCUGAGCAGGGGCACCCAGCCUUUGCAGGGCUCCCUCCCCUCUGCAGGAGCUCUUGGAGGCAGGGCUCAGCCCCAGGCCUCUGCGGCACGCCCUCGGUGGGCGCUCGGUGGGUGCUGAGCAGGUGGGCACGUGACUGGGGUCAGCGAACUGCCCAUGUAGCUACCAGCACCAGGCCAGUUGGCCUCUGUGAGACAUCAUGCUGGGGCAGAAAGGGACCCCUGGAGAAGCUGGGGGGGGGCGGGGGGCUGGCCUGUGCUUGCGGGGCCCAGGCCUUGUUCGCAGGCAGCGCUGCUCCCCCCUUUUCCUUUCUUCGCUGUGGUUAACGCCAACAUGGGAUAGAAGUUGUAAGACGUCGCGAGCAAAUAAGCCGGUAGAGGAGGGUGGGAGCCCCCUAGGCCACUCUGCGCCGGGCACAGCAGGGAACAGACACACGGUGCGGGGGGAGCGGGCGUGCAGGGCCAGGCGCGCGCCUCGCAGCCCCUCCAUGGCUCCUGUCGGGAGCGCCUGCUGGGCCAGUGCUCGGAGAGGACAGCGGCUCGCGUCGGUCCCGCUGGCUCGUGCCUUCCUGUGGGUGCGCCGCCGCUCCCGCCGGCCGUCGCUGACUUGAGGGAUUGGGCUUGUGCGUUCAAAAAGCCAAGACCUCACAUUGGUUCGGUUCUUGAGUUCGCCUUCCUCGCCACGUGGGGUAGUCAGGCGCCACUCCGAUGCCGUCCUCGAGGCCCCCGGCGAGGUAUCUGAGGGUGGAAGCAGCGGUGCGGUGGUGGCGCUGAGGGCCUCUGGACGCCCAGCAGCCGGCGCGGCCAGUCAGUGCUCCCUGGAGGAGGCGGACAUCGCUAGCCCAGGCCUGUCCGGCAAGUCGGUGAAGCGGGUUGACCAGGGGUGUUUCUGUCGCCUGUCGCCCUUGGCCAGGUCUUGGCGUGGCCCUUGCUGGCGUGCUCUGGAGGCGUCUCAGCAGGCGCCUCUGACUUGGCUUUUACCGCCUCGGCGCUGGCCCGGCUGGUCUUUCGGAAACGCGCGUGUGCUCGCGGAGCCUGCCUCCCACGGCUCCCCAGGGCCUGGGCCCCGAGGCCGGUGUCUCCUGGGCUUUCUGCUGCCGAUCCUGUUCCCCUCCCUCUGUGCCUGCACCCUCAGCCCUCUUGCCAGGCUUCCCCUGGGCCCCCUGCCUUAGCUCACUUUGUCACACACGGCCACACGCCCCGAGUGUGGCACGGCUGGCCUUUCUUCCGAGCUCCCUCUUCUCGAGGACCCCGCUCGGAUGUCACUCCUGGGAAGCCACCCCUGGCCCUGCCUGUUCGGAGAAGCCCCCGAGGGCUGUUGGCUGUGUCCACCCACCUGCGCCUGCUCUCCACUCCCAUGUGCUGUGGCAAGACCGGACCCCGCCUGCCUUGAGCCCUGCACCAUGCCCGACCUCAGGUUGCUGCGCUCGCUGUUCUAUCUGCCUGGAUGCUGUUCCCCGGCCGCCGGCAUCACCUUCGCCUUACCUGCGUUGCGGUCCUGGCCAGACGUCCCCCCCCAGGCGCCUUCCCUGACACAACACGCUGCUGCACCCGCUGCUCCCCAUCUGCCGCGGCGUUUCCCUGGGCACUUACCGCCCGUCUUCUGCGGUCACGCGCCCCCCCUUCCGGCCGCUGAGACGUCUGGGGGGAGCUCUCCCGUGGCUUCGUCACCGCCACACCCCCGGUGCCUGCUCGCCCUGCGGCAGUGGGGGUGGCGGGAGCCCCCACUGGAGUUCAGUGUGUCAUGACUCAGAAGCCGUGUGGACUGGGGGGGGUGGCCUGAACGUGCUUGCCCGGGGGUGAGGUCGGAAAGUGGGUCACCAUGCCAGGCGGGAGAGGAGGCUCAGGGACGAGCAGCUGUGCUGGGCACCGGGCUGCCCGGCGCGGGGGUGGACGCUGUAGGGGAGGCAGGGACCGAGGCAGCCCGGAAAGAGCCGGCGGAGCGGGCACCGGUGGCCGGGAGAGGGGAGGAGCCAGUUCCCUCUCUGGCUCCUUCCAGAGUGACGCUCUGAGCUCGCCUGCAGUGGCGUGUGUCCCGGGGCUUCACAGUCGCCAGCACAGGCGGCCUGGCCCUUGGCGCGGCGCCGGUCCCUGUUCUGGUGGCCGCUCCUGGCUCGCACGGUCUCGCUGCGGCUCUGGCGCUGCGUGGGGCCUCUGGCGUGGCUUCCGGAGUCCGCAGAUGCCGCGUCUCUGAGCCUGUCCCAGCUCCCACCUGUCGCCGCCCCCCGGUGGGCAGGGCCCCGGCAGGUCCUCUGGGCAUGGCUGCUGCCCGGAAGCGCCCGGGCUACUGCUGACCAGGCCUGGGAGGCUGUGUGCGGCCGCGUCUGUGAGCGCACCUCGUCUUCUUGCCCAAGAUGGGUGGCGCGGCCUCACAGGGCUGGCGAAGCGCAUGUCCCAGGCCACGCCGGGUCUGUGCCAAGUCACGUGCUUUGGGUUGUGACCGGCCUUGGGGUCCUGGCCAGCCCGCCCACUGGAGGCUGGGCGGGCGCCGCCCUGGAGGGACGUUGCAUGAGUCUCAGGAAGCCUGUUGCUGGGGGCACGAGGGCCAGGGGUGGCCCCCAGGUCGUCCCACACAACCAGACGGGCAAGGGCGCUGCCUGCUGUCCGCAGUGUCCUCACGGCACUCACGAGCUUAGCUCAGGGCUCUGGGGCCGGACAUCCCGCGAAGGCUCCUUAAUGCAGGGAUCCUCUCUAGCAGCUGUCUAUCUCUGAGGCAGCCACUGCCCUGUCUCUGAUGCCCAGCUGCGAGAGGGCAAACUCGGCGAGGGUGGGCCCCACGGCCUCCCCUCAGCUCCCCCCAGCCCGCUGCUCUGCAGUGAGCCGGGACCCUGGUGGGUUUCCCUGCGUCCAGAGGCCAUGGUCUGAGCCGAGGCGUGCGCUGGCAGGAGCGCGUGGGAAGGCCAUGUGCUCUUCCUCGGGAGGGAGGGGAGCGGGUUUAGGCAGGGGCAGCGCUAAGCGUGGGGAGCAGCAGCGCAAGGACAGCUGCCACCAGUGCGUCCUGGGCCCGAGCCCCGUGGAAGGUGCUGGGAUGAUGUGGCCUGUGGACAGCUUGUUGGGCUCUUUUUGUUAAGCUCUGAGUCUGCAUUAAAUUUCAGUUGCUUAUUAAAGAUUUAUGUAUGCACACAAGAGCUGGGGUACAGGCCAGAGGUGUGGGGGGGUGAGAGGAUUCCCCAGAGACAGAGUGGGGAGCAGAACAGGCAGACUGACUGAAAUCCACUGCUGAGGAGAGCAGCGGGGAGACAGGAGAGGUCUGCUGCGCCCUGUGGGUCAGCUCCCUGGCCAGGGAUCGAACUCAGGCCGUAGAGGCUGCGAACAGCUUCAUGGUGCUGCACUCAACCCCUUGCGCCACCAGAGAGGCCCCGUUACCUGAAUGUUAAAGAAACUCAGAGGAACAAGAACAUGCACCGUCUCUGGCGUCCUCCGCUGGCCCCUGACGACCUGGGUUCUGUCUCAUUUCUCAUCAGCUGCUGGUUCCUUUCAGGCCGUCCCUGCCAGUGACAGCCUCGCGGUUUCUGAUCUCUUAGCACGUGCUUGGCCUUCACCUUGAAGAGCCUUUUUCUUGGUAUCAAGUGCUACCACCCAGUUGUGGGGGGACAGCCUCCCUGGCCCGCUGUAACUUCAUCCCCUCCUUAUGGGAACUGCCCACACUGAGUCCAGCUUCCCCUGGUGCCCACCGCCCUAUUUUCUGUCUGAAUUUGACAUUCCUGGGGCCUCUCUGGGCCUGGCUCUUUCUGCUCAACGUCGUCUUCAAGGCCUCCUGCCAGCAGCAGGGCCCGUGUGUCCCCCCAGGCUGACCAGCAUUCCCCGUGGGGAUGGUGCCCACAUGUCUGUCCACGUGGGGCCUGCGGGUAUCUCUGCCCUCGGCUGCCGGGAACAGCGCUGCGGUGACCGUGGGUGCCCGCGGGGCCUGGAGACCCGGGGCCAAGUCCGUCCGUCGCCUGAGCGUUCUAAAGGCGGACGUGUCGGGCUGAAUGGAAGUCGGCGUGAGAAAAAGCCCGCUUUCCCUUCAGAAAGUCGUCAAGUGCCUCGCGAUGAAGCAGGCGCCGGAAGCCCUCGGCAGCGCCAGCGGGAAGGCACAGAGCUGCGAGGUGAGCCGCGAGUGCUCCGUGCUCCUGGGCAAGGCCCCGCUCUCGGCCGGCCUGCAGGAGGGCGUCGUGCAGAGGUUCAACGGCCACGACGCGCUGCCCUUCCUGCCGGCCGAGAGGCUGAAGGACCUGACGUCCCGCGUGUUUAACGGAGAGCCCGGGGCGCACGAGGCCAAGCUGCGCUUUGAGUCCCAGGAGCCGCCCCUCGCCACCCCGACCAAAAACGGCUCUCCGGAAAUCAAGCUGAAAAUCACCAAAACGUACAUGAACGGGAAGCCGCUCUUUGAAUCUUCCAUCUGUGGCGACGGGGCUGCUGCCGUGUCGCAGUCCGAGGACAGCGGGCAGAAGCCGGAAGGCAAGGCCCGCAGGAGCAGGAAGAGGAGCAUCAAGUACGACUCCUUGCUGGAGCAGGGCCUGGCCGAGGCGGCUCUGGUGUCCAAGAUCUCCAGCCCCUCCGAUCCAAAGGUCCCCGCCGGGAGAGAGCCCUGCCCCGCCGCCUCCGGAGACAGAGACCCCCUGCUGAGAUACGCCGUGGGUGACUUGGUGUGGUCCAAGGUGUCGGGGUACCCAUGGUGGCCGUGCAUGGUCUCCGCAGACCCCCUCCUCCGCUGCCACACCAAACUGAAAGGGCAGAAAAAGAGCGCGCGCCAGUAUCACGUGCAGUUCUUUGGAGACGCCCCAGAAAGAGCUUGGAUAUUUGAGAAGAGCCUUGUUGCUUUUGAAGGAGAAGGACAGUUUGAAAGACUGUGCCAGGAGAGCGCCAAGCAGGCACCCACGAAAGCUGAGAAAGUCAAGCUGUUGAAACCCAUCUCGGGGAAGCUGAGGGCCCAGUGGGACAUGGGCAUCGUCCAGGCGGCAGCGGCCGCGGGCAUGUCAGUGGAGGAGCGGAAGGCCAAGUUCACCUUCCUCUACUUGGGAGACCAGCUUCACCUCAACCCUCACGUAGCCAAGGAGGCAGGCCUCACUGCCCAGGCUCUGGGGGGUGUGGUGGACGCCUCUGCGGCCAGAGGAGAGGUGGUCGAUGCCCCCGUGUCCCCCGGAAAGGCGGGUGUGUCUGCCAAGAGGAGGCGGAGGGCCAAGCUGCUCAGCUCUGGCGAGCACCACAAAUGUGACCCAGGCACAGGGAAGACCUCUCCUCAGCAGAUGACGGAGGUGGACCCCAAGAGAGGUGUGGGGUCUCCCACGGGGAGGAAGAAGGCCCCGGCCUCCACGCCGAGGGGCCGGAAGGGCGGAGCUGCGUCCCAGUUCCUGGUCUUCUGUCAGAAGCACAGGGACGAGGUGGUGGCGGAGCACCCCGAUGCCUCAGGGGAGGAGAUCGAGGAGCUGCUGGGGUCCCAGUGGAACAUGCUCAAUGAGAAGCAGCGGGCUCGCUACCACACCAAGUUCGCCCCAGUGACCUCUGCCCCCUCAGAAGACGGUGCUGGUACCCCAAGUGGGAAAAAGAGAAACCACACUAAGAGGACACGGGAUCCCACAGAAAACGUGGACGUUGAGGACGCCCCCAGGAAGAGGCUCAGAAUGGACAAGCACGGCCUCCGGAAGAGAGAGACAAUCGCUGACAGGACGGCCAGGGCUGGUGCUUGCAAGGCCCUCGAGGCCGCCUCUUCGCUGAAGAGUCAGGCAGCAACAAAAAACCUGUCUGACGCGUGCAAACCACUGAAGAAGCGGAACCGGGCCCCCGCGGCAGCGCCUGCAUCUCUGGUGCUCAGCAAGAGCUCGUCCCCCUCCGCGUCCCUCACUGAGAACGAGGUCUCGGACGGCCCCGGUGAUGAGCCCCCGGAGUCCCCAUACGAGAGUGCGGAUGAGACGCAGACCGAAGUCUCCGCCUCAUCGAAAAGGUCAGAACGAGGAGGCGCCGCCAAGAAGGAGUACGUGUGUCAGCUGUGUGAGAAGACUGGUGGCCUGCUGCUGUGCCAGGGCCCCUGCUGUGGGGCCUUCCACCCGGCCUGCCUGGGCCUGGCUCGGAGACCAGAGGGCCGCUUCACCUGCCACGCAUGCGCCUCAGGCGUCCAUGCAUGCUUCGUGUGCAAGGAGAGCCGGGCGGGCGUGAAGCGCUGCGCUGUGUCUCAGUGUGGGAAGUUCUACCAUGAGGCCUGCGUGAGGAAGUUCCCGCUGACCGUGUUUGAGAGCCGCGGCUUCCGCUGCCCCCUGCACAGCUGUGUGAGCUGCCAUGCGACCAACCCGGCCCACCCACGGCCGAGCAAAGGGAGGAUGAUGCGGUGUGUCCGCUGCCCUGUGGCCUACCACGGUGGGGACGCCUGCCUGGCUGCAGGCUGCUCCGUGAUCGCCUCCAACAGCAUCGUCUGCACGGCCCACUUCACCGCCAGCAAGGGCAAGCGGCACCACGCCCACGUCAACGUGAGCUGGUGCUUCGUGUGCUCCAAGGGGGGCAGCCUGCUGUGCUGCGAGUCCUGCCCGGCUGCCUUCCACCCCGACUGCCUGAGCAUCGACAUGCCGGACGGCAGCUGGUUCUGCGGCGACUGCAGGGCCGGGAAGAGGCUGCACUUCCAGGACGUGGUCUGGGUCAAGCUCGGGAACUACAGAUGGUGGCCGGCAGAAGUUUGCCAUCCCAAAAAUGUUCCCCCAAAUAUUCAGAAAAUGAAGCACGAGAUUGGAGAAUUCCCUGUGUUUUUCUUUGGGUCUAAAGAUUAUUACUGGACGCAUCAGGCACGAGUGUUCCCGUACAUGGAAGGGGACCGGGGCAGCCGCCACCACGGGGUCAGAGGGAUCGGAAGAGUCUUCAAAAACGCACUGCAAGAAGCCGAAGCGCGUUUUCGAGAAAUCAAACUUCAAAGGGAGGCCAGAGAGACGCAGGAGAGCGAGCGCAAGCCACCCCCCUACAAGCACAUCAAGGUGAACAAGCCGUAUGGGAAGGUGCAGAUCUACACGGCCGACAUCUCCGAGAUCCCCAAGUGCAACUGCAAGCCCACGGACGAGAGCCCCUGUGGCGCCGACUCCGAGUGCCUGAACCGCAUGCUGAUGUUCGAGUGCCACCCGCAGGUGUGCCCUGCGGGCGCGGCCUGCCAGAACCAGUGCUUCUCCAAGCGCCAGUACCCCGAGACCAAGGUCAUCAAGACCGACGGCAAAGGCUGGGGCCUGGUGGCCAAGAGAGACAUCAGGAAGGGGGAGUUCGUGAACGAGUACGUGGGCGAGCUCAUCGACGAGGAGGAGUGCAUGGCGCGCAUCCGGCGCGCGCACGAGAACGACAUCACACACUUCUACAUGCUCACCAUCGACAAGGACCGCAUCAUCGACGCCGGUCCCAAGGGGAACUAUUCCCGGUUCAUGAACCACAGCUGCCAGCCCAACUGCGAGACCCUCAAGUGGACGGUCAACGGCGACACGCGCGUGGGCCUCUUCGCCGUGUGUGACAUCCCCGCAGGCACGGAGCUGACCUUCAACUACAACCUCGACUGUCUGGGCAACGAGAAGACCGUCUGCCGCUGCGGCGCCUCCAACUGCAGCGGGUUCCUGGGGGACAGGCCCAAGACCUCAGCGCCCCUCUCCGCCGAGGACAAGGGCAAGAAGGGCAAGAAGAAGCAGCGGCGGCGGCGCGCGCGGGGCGAGGGCCGCAAGCGGUCGGAGGACGAGUGUUUCCGCUGCGGCGACGGCGGCCAGCUGGUGCUGUGCGACCGCCGGCUCUGCACCAAGGCCUACCACCUGUCCUGCCUGGGCCUGGGCAAGCGGCCCUUCGGGAAGUGGGAGUGCCCGUGGCACCACUGCGACGUGUGCGGCAAGCCCUCCGCCGCCUUCUGCCACCUCUGCCCCAACUCGUUCUGCAAGGAGCACCUCGAGGGCACGGCCUUCCGCGCCACCCAGGACGGGCGCGCCUACUGCUGCGAGCACGACCUCGGCGCCGACGCGGCCCGCAGCGCCAAGCCCGAGCCGCGCUGCCCGGGGCCGGCCAAGGCCAAGGGGCGGCGGCGGCGGCGGCGCUGGCGGAGGGUCCCGGAGGCCAAGUAG